UAUGGAUAUAUUAUGAUAAAGUAACCGGACUUCCUAAGGGAGAUGCAACUAUAACUUAUGAAGACGCUGACUCAACAGCAGCUGCUAUCAAGUAUUUUGAUAACCAAAAGUUCCUUGAUCAGGUUAUAAAAGUAGAGAUGUCUGUGCGAAAAAUAUCAACCUCGGGAUUUAGAGCUCGUGCUAGAGGUAGAGGACGUGUACUUACCAGGGGUAGUCGAGGUGGCCCUCCUCCCCGUGAUGGUGAUUGGGCAUGUGAAUCAUGCAGUGCUAAUAAUUUCGCUAGAAGAAUGGAAUGUUACAAAUGUCACACACCUCGUGCUAAUGCAUCAGGGGAAGGCGGAUACGGUGGAGGUCGAUAUUCCGGAGCACCUAGAGGUGGGUAUAGAGGACGUCGUGGUGGCCCUCCUUAUAGCAGUGGUAGUGGUCGUUAUGGUGAUGACGAUAGAGGCUAUGGAGGCGGAGGCUAUCGCAACAGCGAUAGCUCACAUGGUUAUGAACAAGGAUACGGGAGACAGAACAAACAAGACGAUCGUCAAGAUCGCAGGGAUAAUUCGAGAUAUCGUCCUUAUUAA